AUGCUGAAUAAUACAGAAAUUCAUUGGAAGUAUGUAUUGAAUACAAAUGGAAAGGAAUUACCAUUACGUACAAACUGGGAAUUAGUUAAAGCUUUGAAAGCUUUAAACGGAGCCAAUGUGAUAGGCGGUACAAUAAAAAAUGGACCAAAAAGUAGAAUUCCUAAGAGGAAACCAUCUUUUAAUGUUACAUGGGUAAAAGGAAGCUUUUUGGUUGCAUUACGCCGAGAAUUCGUUCAAUACAUACAUACCAAUCCAAAACCAAUUGAAUUAUUGAACAUUUUAAAAGGAGAAGAACAUUUGAAAAAAAUUCCGAUGAAAUGUUUUUCAGUACUUUAG